AACUCCUUCGCUGCCACCCAACACCCACCCUAGCCUCCCCGCCAUCUUAUCGCUAACACCCUGGUGCACCCUGUACUUGUCGACCGAUCCUCUCCACGAACUUCGCAACCUCAGCCGUCUCAACUAUCUCAGCGUCUGUCAAAUGGCAUCCAGCGUCGCAGCCAAGAGGCUCUUCCAGGAGUACAAAUCACUAUUGACCAACCCACCAGAUGGCAUCACAGCGGGACCUGUCAACGAGGACGACCUUUUCGUCUGGGAGGCGCUGAUCCAAGGCCCUGAGGGUACUCCAUUCGAAGGCGGCAUCUUUCCUGCAGAGCUCAAGUUCCCUAAAGACUACCCUUUGAAUCCUCCAAAGAUGAAGUUCUUGGGCGAAAUAUGGCAUCCCAAUGUGUAUACGAAUGGCGAAGUCUGCAUCUCAAUCCUUCACCCUCCUGGCGACGAUCCGAACCACUACGAAAGCGCUUCAGAAAGAUGGUCUCCCAUACAAAGCGUUGAGAAGAUCCUGAUAUCCGUCAUGUCUAUGUUGGCUGAACCGAACGACGAGAGUCCUGCAAACGUCGAAGCUGCGAAGAUGUGGAGGGAGCGACGGCCAGAAUUUGAGAAGAGGGUACGAGAGGGCGUGAGACGAUCAUUAGGUCUAUAAACAGGAAUGGCGCGUGCAAUCAUCAACAUAUCUCAUCACCACAUCAUCCUAUCCUCCUGCAGCUCAUCUGCAAGAUGGACCGUCAACCACUCCUCGAGACUAUCUCCGCUCUCAUCAAGAAUCUGAGUCUCAGCCUUUCGGUUCAGUAUAAGCAUUUGUUGGAGCUCGGUCGUACAUUCUUCAAGACCUGGCAGCAGAGCACCCGACCCGUCUCGCCACUCUUCGCUGGUCAGCAUCGAAAGUGCGAUUGCCCGGUCUCGCAUAGACAAAGGCAUGGACGCAUUGUCACCCUGGCCUAUUCUGGUCACGUCCUCCGCCUUGAGGCCUAUCCAUUUCAUUUCCGGGAUAUUGCAGCCGUGCUCUUGAGCCAUCUUCUUCGAGCCAUAUCGAUAGCACUUCAGGAUUUGUAUACCGUCCGGGUCCCAGUCCAUCAAGCCAAACGCUUUUACGGAUGGUUCGACAUGAUUGAGAAGGGCGCGCAGGAAACGCCGAGUCGCGAGGUCUGGGUACCCUUUUGCCUAUUCUCUGAAUUGGUGGAAGAACAACAGAAUCUGGAGAAGACUUUACCGUGACGAGCAGCCCAGGACCAAUGGUAUGAUUUCGUUGGUAUUGCCUUUCCACAAGACUGUUGAAGGUUGCCUGAGUUGGGUUGGUUGGUCAGUCAGCCAGUUCCCGCUUGCACAUUCGUCUCUCUUACCUCUUUCUCAACCACCAAGACCCAUCGCUGAUGAGAGAGGUCUGGAAACGUGAAACCAAUAUCGACAGCAGGAAUGAUUGCUGUUUGGUCUCUCCUGUCGUUGUUGAAAAGUCCAGCGAGGAGGCCUUUAGGACUUCCGGUCUGCACGCACAUUCAGUCUGCAACGUUAGCAAGUCGGCUUAUGGUCUUUGCUCACCACUUUUAGAUCACUCCUUGCCACCUGGCAGGUAUGGGCAAUGUCGUCGAUGUAUCGGUCCACAGUCUCUUGCUGCUUGAACAGGGUAGGGUCACGGUAGUAGAUAUCCCUGCUUAGUCAAGAGAGAUUCACUCAUGGUUUCGAUGACAGAGUACCUUUUGGUCACUGUAACUCCAUCCUUGAUUGCUGUGUAUAUCUCGCUCAGUAUGCGUCCAACGCAGGCUAAAAC